AUGGCUGUUGAUUUGACGUCCGACAUUAGGGUUCUGGUGGGGGUGCGCGACGACCAGCAUUGCCGGCAGGCGUUAGAAUGGACGAUCAGCGAGUUCAGCCGACGACAAGACAAAACCGUCUGCCUCUUGCUCACGCACGUCGUCACCGAGCUUCGCAACUCAGCGGCGGCCAGGCCAGCUGGUGCGCCUAACCGCAGCGGCCGGCCCGCGCGUGUUUGCAAUCGCGCGCUGACAGCGCACGCCUUCUCAUUGCGUGCGCAUCCCUUCCCCCUGCUUCCCUCGUGCAGCGGGCAAGCUGGUGCGCCUGAGCGAGGCGGACGGCCCGAGCGCGGCGCGGGCAAGCUGGUGCGUCUAAGCGAGGCGGACGGCCCGAGCGCGGCGGUGCACAUCUGCGGCCGCGUGCUGCCGGCACGCCCCUUCUCAUUGUCCUCCCCCCCUUCACACCCCCCUCCCUCCCCCCCCAUCUCCCCCCUCUUCACACCUCCCCUUAUCCAGCGGGCAAGCUGCGGGCAAGCUGGUGCGCUUGAGCGAGGCGGACAGGCCCAGUGUAGCGCGGGCAAGCAGGUUCGUCUAAGCGAGGCGGACGGGCCGAGCGUGGCGGUGCACAUCUGCGACCGCGUGCUUCCGUUCCUGGAGGCCAUGCAGGACGUCAGCGACGAGGCUGGGCUGCCCUCCACGGUGCAUGUGAUAAAGAACGAGGACACGGGGGCGGCCAUUUUGGAGGCAGCGUCGAAGCUGGAGGCCACUCACAUGGUGCUCGCCUCUUCUGCCGGCAAGGGUGCCAGCCAGUGCCACACCAUCAACGCGUGUUCAGACGAGACGAAACUGCCGCCCGGAGCAACGCUCUUCAUCAUUGAAGACGGCAAGAAGCUCAAAUCCAUCUCCUCGGGACAGCCCCCCGCCCCCACCACGGUGAGUCGUUUAACCCAUACUCAAUCCUACUCCAAUCCCCACUGCCUGCCACUAUCCCUCGCCCCCACUAUCCCUCGCCCCCACUAUCCCUCGCCCCCACUGUCCCUCGCCUCCCAUCACCCUCACCUCCACUAUCCAUCUCCUCCUCCUCUCCCCCCUCCGCCUGCUCGUCCCUCACCCCCACCUCCCUGCCCUCCUUUCUUCCCAUCUCAGGCGGGCACAGCAGGGUAUGCCGCACCAGCCUACGAGCAGCAGCUGCCAGGCAUACAGGAGGGGGGCAGCGGCACACAGGAGCUUUCGAGGCUUCUCACAAUCUCCCGGUACGCCACGCCAGCCUACGAGCAGCAGCUGCCAGGCAUACAGGAGGGCGGCAGCGGCACACAGGAACCCCCCAGCCCCCCCUCCUCUGCCCCUGCUUCUGCUGCCGCUGCUGGGGUGGGAGGAGCCGCAGGAGGAGCAGCAGCAGCAGCAGUGGCGGCAGGAGCAACAGCAGCAGCGACCAGUGCCAGUACUGGUGCUGCUGCUGCGGGUGCAGCAGGGGCGAGUGGGGGAGGGGGUGGGGGAGCAGGAGACGAGGGGCUAUCAGCACUAGAGCUAGCCCGGCGGAACUAUCGCAUGCAAGCAGCUGCCAAAGCCCAGGCUGCGGAAGAAGCAGCUGGGGGGGGCGCAGGGGGGGCGGGGGGAGCGGGGGAAGGCGCAGGAGGAGGUGCAGGGGGGGGCGCAGGGGGAGGGGCGCCGGGGAAGGGCAAGGGGAAGGUGAAGCCGCCUGUGGCAGCAAAGGAUUUCAAGCAGUACACACUUGAAGAGCUGCAAGCGGCCAUGGACCAUUUCUGGCCGAACAACGUGUGUGGCGAGGGCAGCUACGGGGUGGUGUACAAGGGGUGGCUGGAUGGGCAGGCGGUGGCAAUCAAACAGCUCAAGAACCCCGAUGCGCAAGCGGCUCUAGAUGAGAUCGACCGGGAGGCAGUGGCGAUCAAGCAGCUCAAGAACACCAAUGCGAAAGCAGCGCUGGAUGAAAUCGAAAGAGAGGUGGAGGUGCAGAAGCGCAUAGACCACCCAAAUGCCGUCAAACUGCGGGGCUACUGCAGGGAGGACCGCGCCCUCGUGUACGACUCCCCCUUUCCCCGCCCCUUGCCCCUCUUGCUGUAUCCCCCUCAUUCAUUCCCACAGGUGGAGGUGCAGAAGCGCAUAGACCACCCAAAUGCCGUCAAACUGCGGGGCUACUGCAGGGAGGAAGGACCGCUUGCUGGUCUACGAGUUCCUCUUAAGAGGCUGAGUGCGGUGGAAUGCGGUGGAGGCUUGGCUGUUGGGCUACUGCAGGGAGGACCGCUCGCAGUGGAGGUUCAGAAGCGCAUUGAUCAUCCUAAUGCUGUGGAAGUACAGAAGCGUAUCGACCACCCAAACGCCGUCCGCCUCCUAGGUUAUUGUAGGGAGGAUCGCUCGCUGGUCUACGAGUUCCUCUCCAACGGCUCCCUGGAGGACCGCAUGCUCUGCGUCGGUGGCACGCCGCCCCUCAUGUGGCCUGAGCGCUGCCGCAUUGCCAUGGAGGUAGCAGCGGGCCUGCAGCACCUGCACACGCGCAAGCCGCCCAUCGUCCACCGAGACGUGAAGCCAGCCAACGUGCUGCUGGACGACAACUUCACUGCCAAGCUCGGCGACGUGGGCCUAGCGCGCCUCAUGGGGGACCUCGCUCCCGGCCACUCCCACGUGGUGCGGAAAUCCGUUAUCGUCGGCACAGAGCAUUAUGUAGACCCCGAGUAUCUGUGCGCGAGACGAGGCUAUCUCGGGCCGAAAUCCGACGUGUAUUCGUUCGGGAUCGUGCUGCUGCAGCUGCUAGUUGGUGAUGUGCCGAACCCGAGGAGAAUCGAUGCAGCGGUGGAAAGGGAGGAGCUGGCCGUGCUGCUCGAUCCGAGGGCUGGGGAGUGGCCACCGAAUCUCGCGAUGGAUCUGGCGAAUCUCGGCCUUUGGUGCGCGGAAAUGGACCGCCGAGAUCGGCCAGAUCUGACGGAGGAGGUGAUUCCGGCACUGUUGGAAAUCUGUGAGGCGGCGGCAGAGGCCGUGGUGGAAUGGGAGGGGAAGCAGGAGGCUGUGAGGGAGAGGCAGCGGCAGGAGCGGAAGCAGAAGGAGCGGGAGAAAGCGAGGAAGGAGGAGGAGGCGCGGAAAGGGAAGGAGCGGCAGGAGGCAGGGGAAGCUGCAAGGAAAGAGCAGGGGCUGGGGGGGGGUGGUGCGAAGGGGAAGGUCGGGGAAGGGAAGACGGAUGUGAGUGUUGGGGGGUUGGACGAUGGUGCUGCUAAAGCGCAGGGCGGGUGCUGUGCCUCUUGUCGGUAUCAAGCUAAUAUUGCUUUACCUUUUUGUUGCUUCACCCCUUUCUCUCUGCUGCACCCUUUUCUCACUGCUUCACCUCUUCCUCUAUCCAUCACCCCUUCACUCUGCUUCACACCUUGUCUUUGCUUCUCUUUUCCUUAUCUCCUCCCCUUCCUACUGUGCUUCACACCUCUGUGCUUCACCCCUUUUCACUGCAUAAUCCCUUCCCUCUGCUUCACACUUUCUUCUCUCCUCUCCUUCCUGCUUUUUCCCUUCUCUGCUUCACACCCCUUCUCUCCUUCACACCCCUUCUUUGCUUCACACCCCUUCUCUGCUUCACACCCCUUCUCUGCUUCACACCCCUUCUCUGCUUCACACCCCUUCUCUCUGCUUCACACCCCUUCUCUCUGCUUCACACCCAUUCUCUCUCAUUCACACCCCUUCUCUCUCCUUCACACCCCUUCUCUCUCCUUCACACCCCUUCUCUCUCAUUCACACCCCUUCUCUCUCCUUCACACCCCUUCUCUCUCAUUCACACUACUUCACACCCCUUCUCUCCUUCACACUCCUCUCUCAUUCACGCCCUCUCCUUUACACCCCUUCUCUCUCAUUCACGACCUCUCCUUUAAACCCCUUCUCUCCUCCUUCCUGCUUUUUCCCUUGUCUACUUCACCCCCUUCUCUGCUUCUCUGCUUCACCUCUUCUCACUGCUUCACCCCUUCUCUCUGCUUCACCCCUUCUCUCUGCAUCACCCCUUCUCUCUGCUUCCCAUUCUCCUUCUCUCCUCUCCUUCCUGCUUAUUCCCUUGUCUCCUUCACUCCCUUCUCUGUUUCUCUGCUUCACCCCUUCUCUCUGCUUCACCCCUUCUCUCUGCUUCACCCCUUUUCUCUGCUUCACCCCUUCUCUCUGCUUCACCCCUUCUCUCUGCUUCACCCCUUCUCUCUGCUUCACCCCUUCUCUCUGCUUCACCCCCUUCUCUCCUUCACACUCCUCUCUGCUUCACCCCCUUCUUCUCUCCUCUCCUUCCUGCUCCCUUGUCUCCUUCACCCCCUUCUCUGCUUCUCUGAUUCACACCCCUUCUCUGAUUCACACCCCUUCUCUGCUUCACACCCCUUCUCUGCUUCACACCCCUUCUCUGCUUCACACCCCUUCUCUGCUUCUCACCCCUUCUUUGCUUCACACCCCUUCUCUGCUUCACACCCCUUCUCUGCUUCGUACCUCUUCUCUGCUGCUUCACCCCUUCUCUGCUACACACCCCUUCUCUGCUCCACACCCCUUCUCUGCUGCACACCCCUUCUUCCCUAA